GCGACACACUUGAGAUGUUACAGGUUGUGAGUUCGAACCCCUGUGGAUAUCUUUCUUUCUCCAUUUAAUCAAGGUUCUUUUUUGCUCCAUUUAAUUUUUUCAGCUUUAUUUAUUUAUUGGGAACCCAAUGUUAUAAAUCUUGGAUCCAUUUUCUCCAUUUAGUUUUUUUCAGCUUUAUUUAUUUAUUGAGAACCCACAUAUUUGAAAUCUUGGAUCCGGUACUUUUUUUCUCUAUUUAAUUUUUUUUUAUAUUUGAAAUCUUGAAUCCGGUUCUUUUUUUCUCCAUUUAAUUUUUUUCAAUUUUAUUUAUUUAUUGGGAACCACAUGUUUGAAAUCUUGUAUCCGCCUCUCUAACCAUCAAAUAUGAUCAGUUUUAUUAAAUGCUGAAAAUUUUCCUCUCUCUAUAUAUACAGAGCCACACCAAAACAAGCUGAUCCAUUCGACUUUCAAAACAUUUUACUUUUAUAUAUCAAUCUACAUAACAAAGACAAAGUUUCUUGAUUGGAUAUUCUUAUAGUUUUAUCCGUCAUUCUUGAUACAAAUUUAUAUCAAGGCGCAAUCGCUCAAGAAAAUCAAAUCAAGAAGAACGAUAUGGCCUUAGAACUUCAUUUCGAAGAGCAAAUAGCAGAAACUGCCUUUGACGAGCAUGGUAGUAGUACUACUCCCUUAGAGAAAUGGAAUACGUUUGAUGAGGAGAGUGAAGAGAAUGUACCUAGAGGUUUCGAUUGUAACAUAUGCUUGGAUCUUGUUCAUGAUCCGGUGGUUACAUUUUGCGGUCACCUCUAUUGCUGGCGUUGCAUCUACAAGUGGAUUCAACUCCGGAGUUAUCAUCAGCACCCACAAUGUCCUGUUUGCAAAGCUGAAGUUUCAUACAAUACGUUGAUUCCACUCUAUGGCCCUGACCAAGAUAAUACAAAAUCAACAAAACCAUCUGAAUAUGAUGUUCCAUGUAAAGGUAUGAUCAUACCACGAAGGCGUCUAAGGUCAAGACGUGGGGAUCACACACUAGUAGAAACUGUCGAUUCACAUCCAUCCCAGCAGAACCCUCGAUCAUAUCAUAUGUUACAUCCCAUGAUCGGGGAAAUGGUUUAUGCACGAGUUUUUGGGAACUCAUCACCUACGAUGUAUACCAAUCCAAGAUCAUAUAAUCUAGCAGGCAGAAACAGUUUGAGAAUGAGAAGGCAACUGUUACAUGCUGAUAAAUCACUAGGCAGAAUUUAUUUUUUCCUCUUCUGUUGUGUAGUGGCAUGUCUCCUCUUGUUUUGACAACUUUUUUCAUUAUACUACGUAUCCGAUUUGUAAGAUUAAGGUAGUAUUAUAGUGUUCGAUAUAAAAGAGAGGAAAACUUCAAAACUUUGUUUGUCAAAGCAUAAGCAAAUUAGUAGCUAAUCUUCAUCAAGAAACUUACAUAAGAAGGUGGUGAAAUGUUGAAUGUCU